AGCUGGACAAGAAAGAUACAGGACCAUCACUACAGCCUACUACCGAGGAGCCAUGGGCUUCAUCCUCAUGUAUGAUAUCACCAGCGAAGACUCCUUCAAUGCAGUGCAGGACUGGGCCACACAAAUCAAGACUUACUCCUGGGACAAUGCACAGGUGAUCCUGGUCGGAAACAAAUGUGACAUGGAGGAUGAGAGAAUUGUUCCUGUGGAAAAGGGGAAACAUCUGGCAGAUCAGCUAGGUUUUGACUACUUUGAAGCUAGUGCCAAAGAAAACAUCAAUGUAAGGCAGGUGUUUGAGCGUCUCGUGGAUAUAAUCUGUGAAAAGAUGUCGGAGAGUAUAGAAUCAGACCCUUCCAGGGGCACUUCUGGAAGAAGCAUGCGACUCACAGACAACCCGCCCCCUUCGCAGCAGAACUGCUCGUGCUAGUGACCUUUCUCGCUGAGAAAUGUCCUUCUCCUUUCCUCACUAAAUUUUCUCUUUUCAUUUGUGGUGGUGCGUUAUCAUGUAGUCCAAAGACAGAAGUCUCUGUUGUAGCAAAUUGGUAUGUUUGUUUAAUGUGCUGAAGUGUUAAUAUUAUAUAUUUCUUCAUCCAAUAAUUUAAAAAAACCCUGACUAAAUAUUGUAAGUGCACCUAGUGUUAAUGUGAGUUACACUGGAGAAAAAGAAUUGUAUAAUGUUGCAAAUGU